GAAAAUGUCUUCAAUAUUUAAUAUUUUUAGUCUGAUCAUUGUAAAUAUUAUAUUCUCUUUCCUUAAUACUAAAACUUGUUGUUUGGUACAAAGUGAUUCAUGCGAAUUCUUACCCUACAUGGAAGAAAGCUGUCUACUUUAUGCACUAGGAAAAAAUGAAUAUGUUUCGAAGAAUGACAUACAAAAAUUUAGAUCAUUCAAAGCCAACCUAAACACAAUCAACGAAAUGAGAAAAUUAUGUAAACAAACUCGAAGUUGUAUUGUACGUUUGACUCAAUGCAUUUCACCAGCUUUUGAGGACCUAAAAUGUGAAGCCGAUUCAGUGCUUAUUAAAAUGUGUCAAAAUUUUAAUAUUCAAGUUAAAGAUCAAGAAAAUUCAGGAAAAGCGAUCUGUGUUUAACAUAUUUUGUUCACUUUAACAAAAAUAUGAUUUAAGGUUAAAAGUUUUGUUACUUUUGUUAAAU